AUGUCUUCAGAACCGGGGGCUAAGAAACGGCACCACAACCCAGUGGACAGCAUAUGCAGGAAGAUCAAGUCCAUCCAGAUGAUGGACCAAGGCUCCAACCCUGCUUUGCAGAUCCCAAAGUUUCGGUCCAGGAACUUCGACAAUCCACAGUGCAACGUCAAAAAAAAUCUGGAAGAAAUACUGAAAGGCAGGACUUCCAGAAGUCAUGACAGUGCCAGCCCAGCUUCAAUCAGUCCCAGCAAUGACACUGUUUUCUAUUCAAACUCGUCCCCUUGUCUCGGGCCUGUCUCUGACUCCUCUGCUGAAGAUGCCACCUUUACAGUCAUUAAAAGGAAUGAGAGCUCCAGCAACCCCUGGAUGCCAGGAUGUCCCGUGGAGAACCGUUCUCCAUACUGUUUUGGAUCCCAGGAGGCCAAUACUCAGAACAGACAGUGUGCUUUAUGGAAGGCUGAAUCUAAAGAUGUGCAUCGUAAACAGAACUAUCUCACAUCAACUCCAAGUUUCUAUUUCUUCAAGUCUGAUAAAAAGCCAGACAGUGCUGUGAUCCAACCUCCUGUGCCAAAGGCAUUUCCUUCCAGUGAAAGAGGAGGGAGGCAGAUACUGGAGUUCAAAGCCGACGAUGUGAGCCUGAUCUCUGAGGAAGACCUACUGACCACAAUCUUCUGGGCAUGUGACACAGAACAUACAGGAAAAGUGGCAGUUUCCAAGAUAGUCGAUUAUUUGAGGCACACAACUAGUCGGGGAUCAGAAGACAGUGGUCUUGAAGAGCUGUGCAACAUGCUGGACCCAGACCAGAAGGAUGUCUCCAUGGACCUGGAAACGUAUCAUGCGGUCAUGGGAGAGUGGAUCGAAGACCGCAAGAGAAAAUGGGAAGAUAAUGCCACUGAAGAAUCAUCAGCAAGCAUGGAAGACCUGGAAUUCCAAGCACCUAAAAUCAUCCCUGAAGCCAAAAAGACAUAUGUCCGGAUGAAUGUUACAUCAGGAAGCCUGGAGGCCUUUGGGGGUGAUGUGUCUAGAGGAGACAUGGAGACCUCUGACCUGAUAAGCUGUGUUGCUGACCUGCAGUACAAAAUCCAUAAGCUUCAGGAAGAGCACAACAAGCUGAAGCUCUCACUGGAAGCUGCAGAUGAGACCAACAACAAGCUGCUGGCAGAUAAUGAGCAUUUACAUCAACAACUUAAAAGCAUCCAGCACUAUGUGUUGAAAGCCAAAUCACUGGAAGAAGAACUGGAAGAAGUAAGGAACAAUCUGAACCUGUCAGAAGAGAAGAGAGAGCAGGCUCUCUGGCAGAACAAACAACUUGAAAAAGAGAAUCAGUCUCUCAACAUCAAAGUUACUUCUCUCCAGGAAGAGAAUAUUAGGAGUAGCAUGGACACCGACGGACUACAAAAGAAGAUUCUGGAGCUGUCUAAAAAUGCAGCAGAACUUCAAAUCCAAGUAAAUCUCUGUGAGAGCACUGUGGUGAAUAAAGAGGCAAGCUUGAUCCAGAAGGAGCAGGACAUCCAGGAACUGAAGUUAACCAUUGUGGAGUGUUCCUCAAUAAUAGAGGCAUUGAGGGCAGAAAAAAAUAAGCUACUGGAGAACAUGCAACACAUGCAGCAAGAGCUGAUCUCAAAUGGGUUGUGUUUCCCCUUGCUGUGCAAAUACAACAGUAGUAUUCCUGAAGGGAUGAAUUCGCUGCACUGUGAGCUGGAACUUGCCCAGUCUUCAGAGAUUAUCAAGACUGAAUGGACGACCCUGGAUGAGACGCUGGACCGUGAAGUGCUGCUUUUACUUCAGGGGCCUGAAUACGGGGGAGAAAAAUUUAAGACUCUCAUGCAAAACCUGGUCAGUGGCAGAGCUUAUCAAGAGGAAGCCUCUGAAGUGGAGGAGCUUGUCAUGGCUUCAUUGCAGUGGGUAGAAGAUCCUGAUGGGGACGUGCAACAAGCCUGGGGAAGAAAACUUGUGGUUCUCAAGCAAGAACUAAGAGAAAAAAAACAUGUUUGGAUCCAGAAACUUCAGCUCUUGGAAAAAUGCAAGGAGACCUUAGACAAGGAUUUUGUUCGAAUGGCAGGAAACCUGAGGAGAACCAGGACAGAACAACUCCACCUAAGGAAAGAGCUCUCUGCUAGGCAACACGAGCUAGAAACUGUCAAACAGCUACAAGAAGAAACUGCUGGCCAGGCAGAAGCCCUUGGUUUAGAGCUUCAGGAAGCUCUGAAGCAGCUCAAGGAUGCCAGCAGACAUGCAGAGGAUCAAGUUGAAGCAUUUCACUCCGCUCGUGAGGAAGCAGCAUCCUUGAAGAGCAAGUUGGAGGAAGCCAUUUCUGAGCAGCAAAGGCUCAGGGAUGUGAGUGCAGCUUUAACAAGCACUUGCCAGUUGCUUCAGGAAAAGGUGGAACACCAGAGAACAACUGCUAAUGCACUAAGAUGGGAACUGCUUCAGAGGAGACUCUGCGAGUUGGUGUGUCAGUGCUGUGCAGAGUUAGAAUCUGCCUAUGGUCUGCUGCCCACCUCAGCUGAACCUAUAAAAGGGAAGCAGUUCUAUUGCUCUAAAAGGCUGUGGAAUGAAGGACCCUCAGAUCUUUUGUCCUGCACACAACUAAAUCUAACUUUGCCAACAACCACCUCUCUUUGCUCUUGUCUGUCUUUAGAUGCUCUGAGCUUGGAAACCUCCUGCCCAAAUAACUCCCCUGGGCACAGCUGGGACUGGCCUUGCAGGCAAAACUCUGGCAGCUGCACCUUUGGAAGGGGUGACCUGGGACAUGUGUCCACGUCAGAUGUGACAUCAGAGGCCUGCAGGUGGAAAAUAUGCUCUGCUGGUGACUACACUGAUGCAGACCUUCCUGUUUCCAUUACAAUGAUGGACUCUUCACUUACUGAGCUUGACUGUGCAGAGGCAACGCUACCAGCCAGUCUGAUCCCAUCCAGUGACCACCUCACUUCAGCCCGAGCCGUUCUUGCGUCCCCGGUGGAAAGCACGGCACCGGUGACGGGCUGCCUUGUCAUGGAGGAAAAAUCACCCCAGGGCUUACGUGAGGGAGAGGACGAUGUGCCAACUCCCGCGGCAACGGAGAGAAACAGUGAUGAGGAUCCAGCUGGUCCUGUGUCAGGACCCAUCAAGCAGGAAUUCUGCCCAGUGAUGGAGGAACACAAACCUGCACUUCAAAGUGUUUUAAAGCAAGACCCGGAGGGGGACCAGGAACAGAAAAAUAACAAAGAGUGGGGUGAGGAAGCACCAGCUGUGGUUCCCAGCAGGAAAGGGAGUUCACCCACUGCAGGUGGCAUUAAAGGAGAUAAGACAAAGCAAAACGAGCCUGAAUCCCCUAGUGAGAAGGAAGUGGAGGCUGAAUUUCUGAGGUUGUCUUUAGGUUUUAAAUGUGACUUGUUUACCUUGGACAAGAGAGUGAAGCUUGAAGAAAGGUCACGAGACUUGGCUGAAGAAAACUUGAAAAAGGAGAUCACAAAUGCUGUAAAGAUGUUGGAGGCUUUAGUUCCUUUGUGUGAAGAAGACAACCAAGCACAGGAGAUCAUUAAGAAGCUGCAGAAAAGCUUGCAGUUCCUCAGCCAGUAUGCAGCCCGAGUGGCCAGCAGAGCAGAGAUGUUGGGAGCUAUUAAUCAGGAGAGCCGGGUCAGCAAGGCUGUGGAAGUAAUGAUCCAACAUGUGGAAAACCUGAAGCGCAUGUACGCGAAAGAACACGCGGAACUCGAGGAGCUGAAACAGGUCCUGCUCCAGAACGAGAGAUCCUUCAGUUCCCUGGGAGACAGAGAUGAAUCUACAAAUAAAAAGCUACCAAGUCCUUUUAACUUUAAGCCAUCGUCAGCCCUGCGGAGAGUUAGCAUUGCAACAGUGCCCAGGAGUGCUGGGAAUGCAGGGAUUGGGUUGCCACUGGCCCAACUCCACAACCCCGACGGAGACGAACGGAGUGAGAGGUUCAAUAGGAGAUCAAGCAGCUGGGGGAAACUAGGGGUGAAGCAAAACGAGAAGCGUCCUUCACUGCAGCGAUUCCUCAGCACCUAUUCCUGGGCAGAGUAUGAAGAGGAGCACUUUGCACCAAAAAAUGAGCAGUCAGAGUCCCCUGCUGAAGUACAGGAACAACCCACCAGGAAGGAAAGUGUCUCUGAGAAAGGAAAAUAUUCAUCAAAAUGGAUGCUGGAGUCAGUGUACAACUUGAUGUCAUCGUGGGUGUCCGACUUCAAGGCUUCCUUUUCCAAUGCCAACAAAACCCUCUGGGUCUCUGUCUCCAUCCUGGUGCUCCUGGCUGCCCUCAUGAGCUUCCUCACGGGGCUGUCCCUUCACAGACCCGCAGAUGCAGCACCUGUAGGAACUGGGGACUCCUGGACAUCACUACAGCAGCUGCUGUGGCCCUAUGUAAGACUGCGACACAAUGGGCCCCCCCCAGUAUAACCAAGGUUCUGACUUCUGUAGUUGUAUUCCAAGUACUUUCUAAGAAGCUGAGAUAGUUUAUUUAAGGUCACGUGUUUGGAUUUGUUUUGUUGGGUUGUGGGUAUUUUUUGGGAGAUUUUUUUUUCUUUCUCUAAAGCAUGACUUGAAAUGAAAGUGUGUAUAUUUUUUUUUUUUUCCCCUCUAUUCUGACAAAAGUCAUCUUUACAACUAGCUGAAAGGGUCUCUGUUCAAGCAAAGUAAGUUCAUUAUUCUCUUGUGGCUAGGACCACUUAGUUGUUUUUAUUGUUAGCUACUUUCAAAUUGUAAACCUGAACAGAACUAAGAGAAAAUUGUUUGCAUUUGAGUCAUUGGAGCUGUUUCAAUGAGUUGAAUAGAACAGGGUUCUAGACUUGAACUGUAACUUUAUUGAGAACUUUUGAUAAUAAAGUUUUGAAGGAAAACACA